AUGGCACCCGGCAAAUCGAACGCAUCAUCUAGCUUUCGCACUCUCCAAACCGCGCAAUCUAACCUCCCGCCUCUUCCCAAACUUCGAAUCCGCAAACCAGAUCGCGCGGAUGCCAACCCAUGCAUUGGAGUGAUGGGCUCUAUGUUGGGAUGUUGGGCUUCAUCAGGAUACUCAGCGGCUGGAUGUCAGGUUUUGGAGAUGCAGCUGAGGAAGUGCAUGGAUGAGAGGAAAGCGACACAAGCGAAGAAGUCAACGAUAAACCACCACCUAUCGAGAUUUUAUCCACAAAUCAUUGGGCCGCACAAGAGGAAGUGA